AUGAGCCACUUUGAGUGGUUUGUCCAGUUCACCUGCCUCCAGCGGAACAUGUCAUGGACAGACCUGGAGUGUGAACGCCAAAGAGAGGAAUCUGAGAUCAUGACAUCUGCUGGUAGCCCUCUGACCACUAAAGAGGCCUGUGCUGCUCUGAUGAGGGCUGCGGCGGUGCUGCACGGUCGUCAGGCGGAAACUUUGAUGGAGUCUGUAUUCAGGAAUAGGAACAGGGGUGACCUAGUAAGAAGACAGUGGCCUGCCUCCUCAGGGAUGAACUUGUUGCGAUUUGGGGACGGACUGAAAGUCACAAUAAAGGAAAUGGAGGCUUUGAUCAACAGUCUUAUGCACACGCUCCGAGGUCUAAGUGUGUCUGAACUCAUGGACCUGAAACGUGCACUGAGCACCAGUGAACACUCAGACACACUGCGGGACCAUUACCACACCUCCCACCUGGUCUUGUCUAUGGUUCAAACACACGGGAAAGGAUCUGUGGAGCUCACCAAGAACUUACUCGAGUCAAUCGGGAGAAAGGAUCUGCUGCCACAGCUGACCUCUGAAGCACGUGAAUAUUCUAAAGAUCUUUGGUGGCGUUCACUUAUCAACAAAGUGGCAGCAGUGGCAGCUGUUACAGAGCUGUUUGGUGAAACGUUGAGUCUGCUGAGACCUGAAGAGCUCAAACAAUUCAAGAAACUGUUUGUGCUGCAGACCCUCUUCCAUGCACACCCACAUGUGGACCUGAAAGUACUGGCCCACGCUACAGCCCGACAAACAGGGGCUCUGCUGUGGCACAUGUACGGCUUUGGAGCUUUCAGCACGGCAUCUUUGUUCGAGUACCGUAGAAUGGACUAUGCUUGGAUCCCAGAGUUGGAGACAGAUGUGAACAAUCUGAUUGAUCACGUCUUUGAGACCAGUGGCCAGAGCUGCCUGAGCACCAUAAGAAGAGUUUUGAUUGAAAUUGGCCGGUAUGAUCUGAUCGUACACAUAGAAGUUCUGAAGGAUGAAGGAAGACUGGAUGAGUCGACUUUCAGCUCCAAAGGAGUUGGACCAAGUGUGGAGCCUGACUCUUGUACUAGUGCUAAGGACUCCUGGACCAAACUUGAGCCGAAAGUGAAAGAAAUAAAGAAUCAGUCUAUAUACAGCCUACAGUCGGACAUGGGUCAAUAUGAGUGCAGUGUGUCUGGUCUGCGCUGGAGCUGUGAGGAAAAAGUCAGUUUUGAUUUCAAGUUUGGUUUGUGGGAGGAACACAUGGAGCGUGUGCAGGCGCUGCAGUACAUGCCCGCUGGUCCUCUCAUAGACGUCACAGUCACCUCGGGCAGACUGGACGAGGUCUAUCUACGGCACUGGGUCUGCGUGGAUGACCCUGAUUUAGCAGAGGAGUUUGCAGUGUUACACGUUGAUGAUUGUGGAGAUAUUGUGGAAGAAGCAACAACGUCGUUGAAAAGAGAAGAAAAAGAAAAUGGAUACAGCAUUAUCCCAAAACCUGACCCAGAUAAGUCUCUAAAAUUGAAGACCAAGUUUGUGCUAAAAGCGAAACAAGAGACUGCUGAAAUCUGCCCUCAGAAACUAAAACUGAGGUAUCAAAGCUCACCAAACUACUUUGAGGUGUACACAAAAAACCCAGAGUUUGACUUGAAUCUGGAACUUUCCGAGGAGCAAGAGCACGAAGGCUCAGUCGUGUGGAGUUGUACGAUUCGACGAGAUGACUACACUGGAGGAUCUCUGGCCGCUCCCCAAACACAGGGAACUCAUUUUGUUGACAGGUUUAAGAAUGAUCUUAUUCAGAGAGUGAGCAACGUCAGUCCAAUCCUGGAUGAUCUUAAACAUGAAGGAGUGAUCAGUGACGAAGCCUACGAUAAGAUAAGACAUCUGUCCACUACUCAGGAUAAGAUUACUUUUUCCAAAGGAGUUGGACCAAGUGUGGAGCCUGACUCUUGUACUAGUGCUAAGGACUCCUGGACCAAACUUGAGCCGAAAGUGAAAGAAAUAAAGAAUCAGUCUAUAUACAGCCUACAGUCGGACAUGGGUCAAUAUGAGUGCAGUGUGUCUGGUCUGCGCUGGAGCUGUGAGGAAAAAGUCAGUUUUGAUUUCAAGUUUGGUUUGUGGGAGGAACACAUGGAGCGUGUGCAGGCGCUGCAGUACAUGCCCGCUGGUCCUCUCAUAGACGUCACAGUCACCUCGGGCAGACUGGACGAGGUCUAUCUACCGCACUGGGUCUGCGUGGAUGACCCUGAUUUAGCAGAGGAGUUUAGAGUGUUACACGUUGAGGAUCGUAGAGAUACUGUGGAAGAAGCAACAACGGUGACAUCGACUCAUGUGAAGCUAAAGGAGCCAAUAUUCUCCCCCAGAGCAGCGCUGAUCAGAGAGUGGCUACAAAUGAAAGUCUUCUGCAGCCUUUUGAUUUACAAAACGACCAAAACAUUUUUGACUCUCCAUGUGUACCUCAUCCCACGUGAUCCUGGGCUCAUAGAGUCGUUGAAAAGAGAAGAAAAAGAACAUGGAAACAGCAUUAUCCAAAAACCUGACCCAGAUGAGUCUCUAAAAUUGAAGACCAAGUUUGUGCUAAAAGCGCAACAAGAGACGGUGAAAAUCUGCCCUCAGAAACGAGAACUGAGUUAUCAAAGCCCACCAAAAUACUUUGAGGUUUACACAAAAAGCCCAGAGUUGGACUUGAAUCUGGAACUUUCCAAGGAGCAAGAGCACGAAGGCUCAGUCGUGUGGAGUUGUACGAUUCAACGAGAUGACUACACUGGAGGAUCUCUGGCCGCUCCCCAAACACAGGGAAUUCAUUUUGUUGACAGGUUUGAGAAGAAUCUUAUUCGGAGAGUGACCAACGUCAGUCCAAUCCUGGAUGAUCUUAAACAUGAAGGAGUAAUCAGUGACGAAGCCUACGAUAAGAUAAGACAUCUGUCCACUACUCAGGAUAAGAUGAGGGAACUCUUCAGAGGGCCUCUCAGGUCCAGUGGAGACCGAGGCAAAGACAUCUUCUACAGAAGUCUCAGGGACAACGAGCGGCUUUUGUGUGAAGAGCUUGAGGAGUUGUGCUUUGAUAAUCGCAAACAAAUGUCAUGA